AUGAGUCAACUUAUUGGAACUUUGUCCUUGGAUACCAAUGCCUAUGUAGAUUACAAUAUCAGUGAGAAUAUGUCUAAUAACGCACUGGAAAACUCUGAUUUAUUGAAAGUGAGAUUGGGAAAGAUUAAAGGAAUGAAAGUUUGCAAUUUUAAGUCAUUUGAAAAUGAGCAUUUUGUAGGUCCUUUUACUAAAUUCACAAGCAUUAUCGGACCAAAUGGGGGAGGUAUAUGAUGGUUUAAUAUGAUAGGGAAGUCAAACGUUUUGGAUGCAAUUUAAUUUGUAUUAGGAAUCUCAAUAAGGUCUAUGAGAUGUCAUAGAGCAGAGGAAUUAAUUUAUAGUUAAUCAAUGUACUACAAAAACUAUCAGGAAGAGGACCGAACAGCUUAUGUUGAAAUAAUUUUUGAGGCCAUCAAUUACAUUGAGACUUAAAUUUCACUUAAAAGAACCGUAAAUAAAUAAUAGCAAACACAAGUUUAUAUUGGCGAAUAAUAAGUUACUGAGAAAGAGUUGAGUUCAUUUCUCCUCUUGUCUAAAAUCAUAUUGCCUGCUAAGAAUUUCAUUAUGUUGCAAGGUGACACUGAUACUUUAACAACAAUUGAGCCUAAGAAAUUAACAGAAUUAUUCGAAUAUGUCAGUGGAAGUGUUCAAUAUAAAAACACAUGUCAAUAGAUCUAAAGUGAGUUAAACAAAGUGGUUAUUAGAAUGAGGGAAUUGCAAUUUUAAAGAGGAGCCAUGAGAACAGAAUAAAAAAAAGUGAAAGAAUUAAAAAACACUUCUGACAAAUACAAAAAAAUUAAUGAAGAGAUAAAUCAACUGAAAUUGAAAUAGAAACUGUUUGAGCUUAAAUAGAUAGACAAUGAAUUAGAAGACAUAUCAAAGCAAUUGACUUAGAACAAAAAUGAUGAAUCUGAUUAAAAUAGUGAAAACAAGAGAUUGGUUGAAGAUAUUCAAUAAUGUGAUUUAGAGAUUGAAAAAUUGAAGUAGGAACUAAAUUAGAUCGAAGAAAAUGAGAAAAAGAUUAAGAAGGAUGAGAAAUCUAAAGCUUAUGAUACAACUUCAAUUGAUUUAGAAAUAGAAUUAUUAAAAAAGUAAGUGUCAACAUACGAAGGGUUGCUGGGUAAAUUGAAAAAGGAUAUCAAUUAUCAAAUGGAGAUGGUAGAAGAAGUGCAAACAGAUCUUGAUGGUAAAGCAUAGCAUUUGUAAAAAAUUAAAUCUUAAAGCAAUUUAAAAUUAUCCAAAAAGUUAAUGGAGGAAUUCUAAGAAUUGUAAAUGAAAUUUAAAAUAUAGAAUUAGCAAAUACAAUCUGAGUUAGAGAAAUUACAAGAAAAAUAAGGAGUAGCAUAAAAGAUAUAUGAUUAAAUUGACGAUGAGAUCAAACAAUAUACAGAUGAUCGUAAGGAAUUAGGAUAAGCAAUUGAAGAAUAGAAUACUUAGUUGAAGUAUGUGAAAGAUGAAUUUGAUGUAUUGAAAGAUAGACAUCAAAAUACUUAAAAGAGAAUUGAUGAGUUGUAUAGAUAAAAUUAAAUUGAGGAAAAUGAAUUGAAAUCACUUUAGCAACAUAAAAUAGAAUAGGAGAGACAAUUAAGAUUGAUUGAAGUCUAAGAGACUGAAAAUAUUGAUGAAAAAUAAACUUAGUUGUUGAUUUAAUAGUUAAAGUCCAUGUUCAAAGAUUUUCGAGGAGAAUUAUCCAGUUUGUGUAAUCCUGAUUAAUAAUAAUUUGCCAUCCCAUUGAAAGUGGCUCUUGGCUAAAGAUUACUUUGUGCAUUAGUAGUUGAUUCAGAGAAGACAGCCAAGGAAAUUAAUAUGCAUCUAAGAUCUCUUGAUAUUGUCAAGGAACUGAUUAUAUUGAAUAGAGUAAAAAGUAAUAAGGAUGAAUCCGAAUUGAGAGAGAAUGUUGAAUAGUAUGUACAAUAAUAUAGAAGACAGACAAGAGCAGGUAAAGCAUAUUUAGCAAUUGAUAUAAUUAAAUAUGAUCAAUGUUUGGAUAAAGUUUUAAAGUCUUUAUUGAGUGGAAUAGUGGUGUGUGAUUCAUAUUAAUUGGCAGUUUAAUUAUAAAAAGAGAAGAUUUAAGAUAUUAAAUAGAUUAUUACAUUGGAUGGAAUCACUUUGGCAACAUCAGGUAUGAUAGUGUUUAAUGGAUCAUAAUAAAGAUUGUCAGAAAUGAGAAAUUUUAGAUCAAAUAAUUAAAGAAUUUAAUAAAAAGGACCCAAGGAAUCAAAAGAGUAAUUAAUUAAGUCGAUUGAUGAAUUGUAAAAUAAAAUUAAGACUCUCAAAAAUAUAAGUGUUUAGGAUGAUCUGAAAUAUUAGUCUGCAUUAAAAAUGAAAUUAGAAGAAUAAUAAGCUCAAUUAUCAAAUAAAUAGAUUUCAUUGCAAAAAUCAAUACAAAUGUAUAAUGACAAAUUAAAGUAAGUUGAUAAACUAUUAGAUGAACUUUAUAUUGAAAUAAACAAGAGAAAAGUAUAAUUGAAGGAAUUUGAUGAAUAAAAUGAAAAACUUGUUAAUUAAAUCUAGAACUAAUAAAAGGUGGCAUAUUAAGAUUUUGCUAAAAGAAAUUCAAUAAGUUUGCAGGAAUUAAACUAAUUAGACUUUCAAUAAAAUUUAGGUAAACAAUUGGAAAUUAAAUAAUAAUAAUUGAAUAAACUGUAAGUAUAGAAAUAGAGUAUGGAAUAAUAUUUGGAAGAAUUGAAAAAGAAACAAGAAGACUUUUAGAACAAUAUAAAAACUAAAAAUGAAGCUAUUAAUAAUUAUGAACAAAAGAAAAUUGAUCUACAGCAGAAUCAUGAUAAAAAGAAUAAAGAUUUAGUUUAGUAUUCCCAAAAACAACAAGAAAUUAAUCAAAAACUAAAAGCAUAAUAAAAAAAAUUGCUUAAUCUCACCGAUUUGAGAAAUCAAUAGGUUAGAAAAGGAGUUGACAAAAAAUAAUAAAUCAAUUUAAUCAACAGAAAAUUAGAGUAGUUAAGAUUCUAAAGAGGAAGAUUAAUCGAAUUAUGUGAAAUUGAAUCUAUUCCUGUCAGAUUUAAGAGAUCACAAGGAACUUUCCAACCUUCUUUAAAUUUUGAUGAUGAUUAAUAAAUGGAUAUGGAAGCCAUUGAUUACAGUGCGAUCAAAAAUGAUUUGAAACAUUCUAAUUGGAACAAAUUAAUAGAAGAAAUUAAUGUAGAAUUAGAAUCAAAGGAACAAGAAAUUACUAAAUAUUUAUCCGAAAAUUUACAAGUUGGAUUGAUUGGAGCCAAAACAGAUGAAAAAUUUGUCUAAUUGGAAACCAAUAUUGAAUCAUUAGGAAGAUCAAUUAAGGAAUUAUAAAAUCGAGAAGCUGAAUUGAGUGAUCAAUUAGUAUAGACAUAAUAAUUAAGGAAGGAUAGAUUUGACAAGUUAUUUGAUAGAGUAGAAAAGGAAAUCAAAAUAUUAUAUCAAAAAUUAACUGAGAAUCAAAAUAGAGUUGGUGGAACUGUUCUUCUCUAUAUGGAAAACAAAGAAGAACCCUUUGAAGGAGGAUUAAUUUAUACACCAAAUCCUCCCAACAAAAAAUAUAUUUUUGAUAAUUCUGAAUAGCUUUCUGGAGGAGAAAAGGCAAUAGCCUCAAUUGCUCUGUUGUUAGCAUUAAAUGCAGCUAUUGAUGCUCCUUUCAUUUUGCUUGAUGAAGUAGAUGCUCAUUUGGACUAAGACAAUGCGGAUAAGUAAGAAUUUAUUUUAAAUACUAUUAGAUUACAAAAGAUUGUGAAAUUGUUGUCGAAUUAGAUCUAGUUUGUACUUGUAAGUCAUAAUCCGGAUGUGUUUGCUCAUUCGGAUUCACUGGUAGGGGUAACAAUCCAACAUUCUAAAACUACGAGUGAAGCAUUUUCAUUAUUACUUUGA